GCAGUCUGCCGGAUGUGAAGAGCGGAAGUAGUUCCGGGUUGCAGGUGUCAGGUGUCUGCUGGAUGUUUUGCUGCAGCGGGUCAAACCAUCAGGACGAAGAUUCCUCCUUUAACCGAUCCUCCUGCUGUUCACCGGGACCUGGAUGUGCACAGUGUAACGCCUCCUCUGAUAUCCGUUAACCGGAUCUCAGCCUCGGUCCUCCGUCUCUUCGGCCCUCCGACCCGCUCAUGGCCUCCAGGCGGCCGGACAGCUUCGACGGGCUCGGCUACCGGGGCCGCGACGACCCGCUGUACGGUGCGAACUAUCCGGUGAGGAGCGCCGGAGCACCCGCAGAGCCGCAGCACCACCACUGGGUCACCACGCCGCCGGACAUCCCCGGCAGCCGCAACCUGUACGCCGGAGAGCGGACACCGCUGCAUGACGAGCCGCUGGGAGAGUUUGGAGGUCCCGGAGCCGCUGCCGGGUGGGACACUCCGCAGCCCGGCGUGCCGCCCGCCGAGCAGCUGAAUCGAUUCGCUGGUUUUGGGAUCGGACUUGUCAGUCUGUUCACAGAGAACGUUCUGGCUCAUCCCUGCAUCGUGUUUCGUCGGCAGUGUCAGGUGAACUACCACGCCCGCUGUUACCAUCUGACCCCGUUCAGCGCCGUCGCCGUCAUGUACACCAUCACCAAGGCUCAGGGUCCGAAGGCUCUGUGGAAGGGGAUGGGCAGCACCUUCAUCGUCCACGGAGUCACACUGGGGGCUGAGGGCAUCAUCAGCGAGUUCACGCCGUUACCACGGGAGCUCCCUCACAGGUGGAGCUGGAAGCAGCUGGCAGGACAUUUGCUGCUCAAAGGGUUGACAGCGGUGGUCGCUCUGCCGUUUUACUGCGCCAGCCUCAUCGAGACCGUGCAGAGUGAGAUUGUGCGUGACGACUCCUCAGCGGGUCUGUUGGAUUGUGUUCGGGAAGGUCUGACUCGGCUGCUGGGCGUCGGCGCUCCUCACAGCCGCCGCCUGCUGCCGCUCAGCUGCCUGCUGCUUCCUGCGGCGCUGCACGCCGUGCUGCGCUACGCUAUCUCGGCCUCCGUCCAGCGGGCGGCGCUGUGGCUGCACCAGCGGGGCAAGAAGCAACGCCAUGACCCGGCCAACCCACUCGACGCAUACUUCCCCGAGCUGGCGGCAGCGUGGGCGGGGUCUCUGGUGGCCGAUGUCAUCCUGUUCCCACUGGAGACGGCGCUGCACCGCCUCAGCCUGCAGGGCACGCGCACCAUCAUCGACGCCACCGACGGAGCCGUCGCCACGGGCAAUGGUGGCAGCCCACUGGUGCUGCCCGUCAACACGCAGUACGACGGCUUCGCCGACUGCCUCCACGCCAUCCGCCGCAAAGAGGGCAGGGCGGGUUUUUACCGCGGCUUCGGAGCACUGGCGACGCAGUAUGCGCUGCAUGGAGCGCUACUCGCCGCUGCCAGGACACUGCUGAGGCUGCUGCUGCUGGAGGGCAAGGCCAGUUAGAGCUGUCGCCAUGGAGACGCAGCAUCACCUCAUCAUUUAAUCCACCCCUUCAUCCAGCUGAGCAUCACUGUCACCAUGGCAACCACGUUUUAAAAACUGAACCAUUCAGUUUGUAGAAAAAUAAUCAAUAAUAAUAAAAUAUCAGCAACACGACGCGCUGAACUGAACGAAACCACGACGUGUAAAAAAUAUGAAAUUAUACAACAAACAAGCUUUCAUUUGUAAAUAAAACAAAAUAAUCUGCAGUGGAAUUUAGUUUCUUCAUUACUGUGAAACACAAAGAAGUCAUUUGUCAGUUUGGUCAAUAAACUGCUGAUCAGGAAGUGAUCAUGUGACUAGACCACCUAGCAACCCCUUAGCAACCAGCUGGAGCUGUAGCUUUAGUGUUAGCCUAGCUUACCACGAAGACUGGAAGCAGAAGGAAACUGCUAGCGUAGCUUAGCAUAAAGACUGGAAGUAGAAGGAAACUGCUAGCGUAGC